CCGCCAGCGGACGCAGGGAGCCGAGGCCCGGCGUGCGGGGUUGCCAUGGAAGGCCGCCGAGCGGCGGACGCGGGGGGAGCGGAGACCCUGGUCGGCUGAGGCUCAGGCAUGCGGAGUCCCGGCGGGAGCCUGCUCCACUCGCUGCCCCGGGCCUUGCAGCACGCCGGUCGGCUGGGCGGCGCGGAGCAGCCGGGCCGCCGGGCACCGGAGCGGACGGUGGGCGGGGACCGCCCCGAGGACCGCCUUCCCCGCGGGGGCGGGGCCAGCGCGGCGGCGGCAGCGGCGGCAGCGGCGGCCUCGGGCGCCCUGCUCGGCGCCUAUCUGGAGCGCCACGGUCCGCCCGCGGCCUCGGGCUUGCCGGCGCCUGCCGGGGCGUUGUCGGGCGGCCCCGGGAGCGGCGGCGGCAGCGGCGGCGGCGGCGUGGUGGUCGGGGUGGCCGAGGUGAGAAACUGGCGGUGCUGCUGCCUCGGCAGCACCUGUUGGUGCCGGAGCCUCGUGCUGGUGUGCGUGCUGGCCGCCCUGUGCUUCGCUUCCCUGGCCCUGGUCCGCCGCUACCUGCAGCACCUCCUGCUCUGGGUGGAGAGCCUCGACUCGCUGCUCGGGGUCCUGCUCUUCGUCGUGGGCUUCAUCGUGGUCUCCUUCCCCUGCGGCUGGGGCUACAUCGUGCUCAAUGUGGCGGCCGGCUACCUGUACGGCUUCGUGCUAGGCAUGGGGCUCAUGGUGGUGGGCGUCCUCAUCGGCACCUUCAUCGCUCAUGUGGUUUGCAAGCGGCUGCUCACCGCCUGGGUGGCCGCCAGGAUCCAGAGCAGCGACAAGCUGAGCGCCGUUAUCCGCGUCGUGGAGGGAGGAAGCGGCCUGAAGGUGGUGGCGCUGGCCCGGCUGACUCCCAUACCUUUUGGGCUUCAGAAUGCAGUGUUUUCGAUUGCUGAUCUUUCCUUACCCAACUAUCUGAUGGCAUCUUCACUUGGACUGCUUCCAACUCAGCUUCUAAACUCGUACCUGGGCACCACCCUGAGGACAAUGGAAGACGUCAUUGCAGAACAAAGUGUUAGUGGAUAUUUUGUCUUUUGUUUACAGAUUGUUAUAAGCAUAGGCCUCAUGUUUUAUGUGGUCCACCGAGCUCAAGUGGAACUGAACGCAGCUAUCGUAGCUUGUGAGAUGGAAAUGAAAACCUCUCUGGUUAAAAGCAGUCAGCCCAAUGCCAGUGGCUCUUCCUUCUACAGCAAGAGGACACUCACGUUUUCUGGAGGUGGAAUCAAUGUUGUAUGAGUCUUACACACUGUGGUUGUCAAGAGCUAGUGUGCUGUCCAGGCCUGGCGGUCACAUCCCUAGUGGCGGGCACAGUGCUGCUUGCUCAUUGUGGCACAAACAAAACUGACUAGUUUUUAAAUUGCACAAUUUUCUAAAAGCAAGAAUCAUUUUCUGGGUCUGUCAAUGUAGAAGCCGCUCCGGCUGCCCCUUGUUAGGCCUGUAAUGCCUAUAGUGUGCACUUUAGUGUUGUCGAAUUGCGUUAUUGCUGGGACGUAGGGACAGAAAUAACCCAGAAAGUUCUUUCUGUUUAGUAUCUUUAUUUAUAAAGCCCAUGGAUAGUUUUCUGCAUCUGUCUUCAAAGGAGUAAAGUCUGCAGUCCUGCACGGAUCAUUGCUGGAUGCUCUUGGCUUAGGUGGUCUUUCCAGAAGGAGUAAACUGAUGUUUCUGUUUUUGUUUUAUUUCUGUUGUUGUUUUAAGCAGGACAACUUUACUUCAUUUUCUUUGCUUAUGAGAAAAUAAGUGUAUUUCAGUUGAAUGUAUAUUAUCAAGCAUUAUAUCAUUGUGGGUCUUUACACCUUUUCAUAUAAGCUUAAAUCCUACAUUGUGGGACUGAAGUGCUCUUAAGAUUCCUUUUUGUUUCCACUGUGUUAUAUGCAAAGCAAAAGGGAACUGAUUUAGUGGGUGGUGGCUCGAAAGGAGAAGCCACAUGCUUAUUUCUUUAUGUUGUUCUCACCCGUUAGACCUCAUCAAAGGGCUGUGUGAUUAGCACUCUUACUGAACCAUUUUCCCUUUUUAUAUUAAUAAUUAGGCUUUGAAAUAAAAAUUAUUCCUACAAAAUGAUGGGUUUACCAUCUCUGAAGUUGUUGUUCUGGUGGCCUUGCUUAGUCAAAACGCCUUGUUAGAAAGAAACGAGCUUUAAAAUCAUGUAUAUAGUUCCAUUAAAGUUCUUAUAUAUUUGUCCCCAUAGUCUUCAGCUUUAAAACUAUAAACAUAAUUUUAUCGCAAUGCCCAUGUUUGUGUUCUCUGCUGCAUUAUUGCUGUUUGAUUUGGGGCUUUGGUAUUCCUUUUCCCUGGUACGACUCAGGAAUUCUGAAAUGUGAAAUUCUCUGUUCUUUUUCUCGUAGCAUGUGUGUUUACGAGCAGCACUUAGGGCUGUAGAACACAGCAACCCACCAUGGAUUCGUACGGCGUGCAUUCACUAUUCAGCUUCAUCUUGAAAAUAGUUUAAUUGUAAACUCAACCAUUAGUUGAUUUGGUUACGAAUGAGAUUGUAGAGAUACAGGAACAUUUUCUGUUAAGUAUUUCAUUUUUCUGACUUUUCCAGCUCUCAGAGCUCCCUCCUCUGCCUUUUCUUUGCAGUAAAAACCUUUGCCCUGUUUUCUGCUGACCUACAGAGUAAUCCUUUUUAAGCAGAUUUUUGUAGUCUUACGGUAGAGAUGAAUUUGAUCAUGCUGAUGUACAAGAUUUUACCCUAUUCAAGUUGUUUUCUUCCCUUACUUACGCCAGUGGCCUUGGUGGGAAGCAUUGGUCUAUGGCGCGACUGGUAGAAAAAUAACUCUGUAUACUUUGAGUCCCUGUUGCCUAUUUUGGUUUUAAAUUUUGUUUUAGUUUGACCAUCCCAGUAAAGGAAAUAUUUAAUUUAUUCUUUUAGGGAGGACUUAGCAACAUUGUGUUUACCAUUAGUUAAUGUUUUGUUAGAGGAAUCCUUGUUUAAGAUCGCUGUUUCCAUUCUUGUGUUACAGUUCAUGUAUUUUGAAGUGCAUUCUAUUGACUUCACCAAAUGAGUGUCCUUUGGUAAUGAGUUCUUCCAGAUGUUAACACUUUCCUUGGACUUUGUAUUAAAUAUGUAAAGGUUAAAAAUACUUUUCUGUAUUCUGCCAAUCAUAACUUUAUAUAAUAAAUCAUCAACUUUU